UCGAAACCCGACGGUGGACGGUACACGCACACUGCACCGUGUAAAUCGUUAUACAGUCCGCGACGGUGUACAGUCCGCGACGGUGCGAUUUUUUUAGUUUUAAGCACAUAAAAAAAAAAAAAUAAAAAUAAAAUCAACAUACGCACACGCGCGCACGCAACAUCGCAUGUACGUAUCGUUUAUUGAAUAAUUUUACACGUAAAUAAUAUAAGUACACGUGACUGCAACGGGUCCGCCGCGAAAUCUCGUCGUUAACGGUCUUACGUUUUAAAUAAAUACACAUCGGUUUUUAAAAAUAAUGUGAAUGCACAUCGCCGUCGUCUACUUCGAUUAACGUACCUAUAUUAUUUGUUAAUUUUUUUUUGUCAAUCGGCCAGUAGUUAUUUUGAUUUUUACCAAACCCCCCGAACACAUCGCGUGGCGGUCGGUGUUUUUUCUCAAAACAAUUUAAAUCUCCUACUCUAUCGCUCGCGCAAUAAAAAUCACCGGUGUGCGUUUGAAAAACAAUGCGCGCACCUCUGGGACCAGGAAAUUACAUUUGAAACGUCAUUGCCGUUCUUCUGUCUUUGGAAAUUAACGAAUUCCGACCGUGCCUUACCCAUUUAUCUACGAUCACCUAUAAUUGUACUUGUCAAUACUUCAUAUACGGCCUUAUCCUUGACUUAAACGAUGGGAGACAAAUCUCGCAAGAACAGCGCCACUCAGGAUGUGGAGGCUAAUGGCACAUCAGAACAACAACAACAAGUGGAAGCCGUGGCCAAAGCUGUGCACGGCCAUCCGGUAUCUGAACAUCCGACUACGUACUGCGAAACACUAAUGCAUCUCUUAAAAGGAAACAUCGGUUGUGGUAUGUUGGCCAUGGGAGACGCAUUUCGCAAUGGAGGCCUCUUGAUGGCACCAAUUCUUACGAUUUUUAUUGGAACCGUAUGCAUUUACAACAAUCACAUACUAUUAAACGUCGCUCAUAAACUGAAGAGCCGACUGAAACUCGAACACUGCCCGACAUUUUCGGAGACUGUCGAACUAUCCUUCGCAACUGGACCCAAGAGUUUGCAAAAGCAUGCUGACCUAUUUAGGACCACGGUCAACGUAUUUGUCAUAAUCACUCAGUUGGGAUUUUGCUGCGUGUACAUAUUGUUCGUGUCCAACUCCAUCAAACAGUUUUGCGACGAAUAUGGAACCGUACUGGACAUCCACAUUCACAUGAUAUUCGCUUUGGUGCCCAUAAUGUCAUGCGCCAUGAUAAGAAAUUUAAAAUUCAUUGCACCCUUGUCGACAGCAGCCAACAUAUCGAUGGCCAUUGGUCUGGGAAUCAUUCUGUCAUACUGUCUAGUUGACUUACCGACUCUCAACUCCAGAACAGCCGUAGCCCAUUGGUCGCAAAUACCCCUGUUUUUUGGCACGGCCAUUUAUGCUUUCGAAGGCAUCAGUUUAGUAUUGCCUCUUCAAUUGGAAAUGAAAACACCUAAUAGAUUUGCGUCGACCAUGGGAGUGUUGAACGUUGGCAUGACUAUUGUGACAUUUAUCAUACUGACCAUGGGCUUUGUAGGAUUCUGGCGGUUCGGCGACGAUGUCAAAGGCAGUCUCACGCUUAACCUCCCACCCACUCUCAUCCUUUCAAAAAUCGUAGUCGGUCUGAUGGUGUUUGCAAUCAUCUGUACUUACACACUACAGUUUUACGUGCCCGUCGCUAUCUUAUGGCCGUCGGUACAAGAAAAAUACGGACCGUUCCAAUCGCCCGCCCUCGCUGAAUAUCUUUUGCGCGCUGCACUAGUUUUUGCCACAUUUUUAGCGGCAGAAGUGAUACCUCAUUUAGCACUGUUCAUAUCGUUGGUUGGAGCCAUCGCCAGUACAUUCUUGGCUCUAAUAUUCCCACCCAUAUGCCAUAUGGUUGUAUGGAAGGACGAAGGAUUUGGAGCUUUCAAUUGGAAACUCCAUAUGGACAUCAUUACCAUACUCUUAGGCCUGUUAGGAUUCGUAACUGGUACAUACUUUAGUUUACAUGAUAUUAUUGUUGCGUUUAGCAAAGAUUUUGGUUUCCAUUGAUCAAAAUGGCUGCAAAUCUCAAUCACCUAAUAGACUUAGUAAAUGCACUGUUAUAUUUUUAAAUAUUUUAUUAUAAUGACCUAUAUUUAUUUUAUUGUUGAUUAAGUAUAUAAUAUAUAUUUAAAAGCUAGGAAAUCACAUAAUAACGCUCCACCAAAUUUAGAUCAAAGACUUUUAAUUUGUUUGUAAAUUAUUUCUGUUUAUUGUCAAAUAAAAUAAAUUAAUAAGUUUUUAUUUAUUCUAAACAAGAA